UGAACAGCCUUCGUGCCACCAGGGCUCGCGUUUCUUUGAACGAGAUACAGAGGACAUGGCUCGACUCGCUUGCGUAUUUCUGGUCUUUGUGCUGGCCUAUCAGUGUGCUGACGUGGUAAACGGUGAUGUUAAAGAGGGAGACCUUCCAAGCUUCGUGGGGAAUAAAGGAGAAUUCCUUGGAAGAUUGAAGCAGCUUUGUAAAAAGAAUUAUAACACGAUUGAUAUUUUUGCAGUGGACUUAUCUGACUGCCGCGUUUCCUGCUCGAUGAGGGAAUUUGGUGCGGUUUAUUCUCAACUACAUCUAAUAAACAGAGAACCAUGCAGCAAUGAUGGCGGGAUAUGCGUCCAAGGAAUAUGCGCCUACACGUCAUGA